UAGCCCCCAAGUGCCAAGUAGAUAACUUGUUAUGUGGUUGGGACUUCAAUGUUGUAAUGCUAACUUAGUAUCUGUAUUUUGCAGGCUGAGUUGUCCAAAAAAGACUCCCAAAUCACUGAUCUCCAAGGAAACAUCAAGUCUCAGAUUGACGAAACUUGCAAAGUUAAAAGCGAGCUGACCACCGCUUUAACAACCAUGGAGCAGCUGAAGGAAUUCUUCAAAGGCGAACGGGCGGAUUGGGAAACUGAAAAAGCCACCUUGUUAAAGCGGGCAGAAGAUGCGGAAAACGCCCUUAAACCGGCCACAGAAGAGCUGAGCAGCCUGAAGCAGCAGAUUGAUGCCAUGACCUCUGCCAUCUUUGGUAGCCAUGUUACCCAUCUUGGCGCAGAUAUGCGCAAAAAAUUGAAGGCCAUCUAUACUUUGGUAGAGCAGCUUUAUACCGGCGCGCAACGGGCCAUCUGCACAACUUCCAAUAACCAUCCGCCCCCGUCGCUAAUCAAGGAAACACUGGAAAAAUUGUCUAUGAUGCCUGCCCGGAUUGUGGAAUUGAAGAAAUCCGCUGCUAGGUCCGGUGCCCUUACUGCACUGACGCGCGCCAAGGCCUGGAUAUCUGACCUUGAUCCGGAAGACGUUGGAAAUGGUUACCCAAGCCAAAAAGAGGACGGUUCAGAAUUCAGCAAUGAUGAUCUCCGGGCUAUCACAAGAGAGAUGCGACCACUGGCAAGUAAGUUGGCUGAAGAUACCAACUUGUCAAUUUACCUAAAUGUAUAUGAUGCCAGCGGCAAGCGAAUAAGUGCUCCAACUUAUGACGUGGAAAAUCUGAUCCCGCCGAUCCGUAAGCACACUUACGCUCCUGACGUUGAACCGUCUGAUCUUAUACACGACGAAGCUAUCUUUCAAGCCUUAACAGGAAUUGAUUGGACGACUAUUGACUUCCAGCCACUGGGUGGAGAGAAGGAGGAUGAACUGGCGCAGGAAGAUCCGCAACCUUCACAUCAACCUAAGGCAGAACCAUAAUCCGGAAGCCGGUUUAACUUGUGCACAUUGUCAUCCUUGUGACAAACAAUCAUUCUUUUGGGCAGUCGACACGCCUUGUAAUAGGCUAGUUUGAACAGCUUUUCUGUUAUGCCAUCGUGCAUACUUGUUGCACACAAUAUUCUUAA